AUGUCAGGGUCCCAAGAAGGGAAAGUCUGGCUGGUUGUUGGGUAUCCGCUGGGUUUAUCCACCAGAUACCCCUCCCCUUUUUGCUGGGAGGAGGCACGGAGACGAGCAACCUGGUUCCUGACUGCAUUGCAUGAAGCAACACGGGCUUGUACGGAAGGCGAGAGAGCAGCGUCCGGUACGGACGAGGCGUGGAAAGGUGCUGGAGAGAAAUUUCAAGGGUCGUCCGCCUUAGCGACCACGUUUAAUUCGUUCUGCUGGACAUCCAGGGGAAAAGGUUGGGCUGGUCGCUGGCCUAAAAUCCUAAUCUUGACGUUUCCACGAGCUCGAAGGCUGGCCAGCACGAGGAACUCAGAACUCCAAACUGACCCAGAAACUGGCAACCUCAAACCACCAGGUCCGCCUUACAAUUCGGGACCUCGAUGUAACUGCGAACUUGCGAACGUCGUUGACGCUGGUGGGGAUGAUGAGCAAGUUGGAGAAGCGCGUUAUAGGUGGGGGGUCUUGUCUUUGCAAUUUCACAAGACCCAGAGUGGUCCUUACGAGCGGGUCUUGCAGAUCCAACUGUGCAUCUAUUGGAACCAGCUCUUUACCCCAAAGCAGCCAUUAUUUCGGAAUUCCAACACCUUCUGUAGGGCUUUCAUUCGUGGAGGGCCUUCGAAGAGCCCAGCAGUGGACCGAGUUUCUCGCAUAAGCAGCGCUGUUAGUGAGUUACCAUUAUUAGAAGACCCGUCUCUCGUUGGUGCUAUUGGAACGGUCCGUCUCGCGACGCCAUUGACCAGUAGUGGUGAUGCUACUGUACGAGAGUGCGAGGUGAUGAUGGAGGCGUUGACUUUGGAGCUGGAGCUUGUACGGCGACCCAAGACGAGCUCUUGGUACACAUUUCAAUCCUGCCUUCCAGAAGUAUCGAGGGAAAAAUAA